GGGCAGGGACAGGGCGAGUGGGGCAGGCAGGGAGCAGUGGGGCGGUGCGUCGGGGGGGUCGGGGGGGGGGGCCGGGCAGGACCCACCGCUCGGCUCCGGCUGCCGCCUCCCUCGGAGCGAGCCCCGCCGCGCCCUCCCGGCCCCCAACUCCGCCGCUCCCCUCCUCCUGCCCAGCCCCUGCCCGAUCCCUCCCCGCUCUGCACAGCCCGUCGCUCCGUCCUUCCGUCCGUCCGUCCGUCCGUCCGUCCAGGGGCAGGGCAGGAGCUGCGCCGUCACCUCUUCCCAGAUGGGCCUCCGAGUCGCGCUGCGCAGGGGACCGGCCCUGGGGGUCCUCCCCUGCUGCCUCUGGUGCUGACCCCAGCCCUCUGCCCCACGGGAUCCCCGACCUGCCCCCGCUGCUCCUCCAACGGCUCGUGCCGCGGGCCGCCGGUUUCCACCCCGCGCUCAGCAUGCCCUUGUCUGGUGCAACCAGACCCUCCAAGGAAUUGCUCCGGAGCUCAAGGCCAGGCUGCAGGGAAAUGGAGUCCAAGGUCUCCGAAGGCGGCCUGAACGUCACCCUCACCAUCCGGCUGCUAAUGCAUGGCAAGGAAGUUGGAAGCAUCAUUGGAAAGAAAGGAGAGACUGUGAAGAAGAUGCGUGAGGAGAGCGGGGCAAGGAUCAACAUCUCAGAGGGAAACUGCCCCGAGCGAAUUGUGACCAUCACCGGCCCCACCGAUGCCAUCUUCAAGGCUUUCGCCAUGAUCGCCUACAAAUUUGAGGAGGACAUAACCAACUCAAUGAGCAACAGCACCGCUACCAGCAAACCUCCGGUGACACUGAGACUUGUUGUGCCGGCCAGUCAGUGCGGCUCGCUGAUCGGCAAAGGAGGCUCCAAGAUCAAGGAAAUCAGGGAGUCCACAGGUGCUCAGGUUCAAGUGGCGGGGGACAUGCUGCCCAACUCCACGGAGCGGGCGGUGACAAUCUCGGGGACACCCGACGCAAUUAUCCAGUGUGUCAAACAGAUCUGUGUGGUGAUGCUGGAGUCCCCACCAAAAGGUGCCACCAUUCCCUACCGCCCAAAGCCCGCCUCCACCCCUGUCAUUUUUGCAGGUGGUCAGGUAAGAGCCGACCCGCUUGCAGCCUCCACUGCCAACCUCAGCCUUUUACUGCAGCACCAGCCGCUGCCCGCCUAUACAAUUCAGGGACAAUACGCUAUUCCACACCCGGAUCAGUUGACCAAGCUCCACCAGUUGGCUAUGCAGCAAACCCCCUUUACUCCCCUUGGACAGACCACCCCCGCUUUCCCUGGAGAAAAGCUGCCCUUACAUUCCUCCGAAGAAGCUCAAAAUCUGAUGGGCCAAUCAUCAGGUUUGGAUGCCAGUCCCCCGGCCAGUACUCAUGAACUCACCAUUCCCAAUGAUCUAAUAGGCUGCAUAAUCGGACGCCAAGGGACCAAAAUCAAUGAAAUUCGGCAGAUGUCGGGAGCGCAGAUCAAAAUCGCCAACGCCACGGAAGGGUCAUCGGAGCGCCAAAUUACCAUCACAGGAACCCCUGCAAACAUCAGCCUCGCUCAGUACCUCAUCAACGCCAGGCUGACGUCUGAGGUCACUGGAAUGGGCGCACUCUAAUUUCCACCCACCAUCCUCCACUCCGCACCACCCGACCCUCUCCAGCCACCGGCACUCCACCCAGCCUGUACCGCCUGUACAUUUACCGUCUUCCCUUUGCCUCCACAGAUACUCUUUUCUUUACUAACGAAUAUAUAUAUAUAUAUAUUUAAAUACACACGCAUAUGCACACACUGGAACGUUUCUUUACGAGCUCCUUGCUGUGCUCCUGAGGCUGCUCCCAAACUCUUUGGUUAUGGUCCUUGUUUUCAGCGUACGAUGUUAUUACUUCAUCUGCUUCUCGGGGGAGUUGGGGGGGGGGGGGGGGGCGGUGUUUGCUUUUUUUCUGCUGCUGAGACUUCGGAAGACGCUGGGGUCUCUAGUAUCAGUCUAGCUUAGCUACUUACACGUUUGAGUUGAAGUUGGCGGUAUGCUGUAGCCCAUGGACAUGUGAUGCCACCCAGAGCUGUGCGUGCUUCAGAGUAGUUACUUUUCUCACCCUUCUUCCUUCAAGGCUCCCUCUUCGUUCACUUUGCUUGUCCUGGCUCCCCUUUGUGACCUCGCAUCCCUGCCCUCAGGGCGAGGCGUAGUUUUCACCUCGUGUUAUUUGGGAGGCAGAAGGUGCCGGGCAGCCAAGCAGACAUGCACGCACGGGUUCACCUGCAGACUUCUCUCUUUGUGACAUGGCAGGGUCCAGACAAGCCAUUUUUCAGACUAAACGGAGUCACACACACACACUUACACACAAAUGGUCCUCUUAUUUUAACUAAUGAGCAACUGGAAGUGGGAAGAAUUAAGCUGUAUGGGAUUCACACCCCCAGGGGCCUUUGAAAGCACUCUUCUGACAAUCCCCACGGGCAAAACCUUUGGACGAUAGCUCAGGAAGCUCUGUGGGCCGGCUGUGUUUGUCGUUGUUUGUGUUCAAUAAAUGUCUGUGCAGCUCUGCUA